CUGAAGGUCCUCCCGAAAUAAACAAAUUGGGGUCCUCUUUUUUUCGCCAAAUGCUAGCCACUAUAACGAGAACUCGAGACGGGUUAUUUUGCUCCAUAUACGACACCUCUGGCAACAGUAACACCAGCAAGUUCGUUUUAGACGACCAGAGGAAUGUUAAACAAAGUGAGGUUUAAUCGGUGUCAUUUACGUCCCUAGUGGUCCAUUAUUUGUGUUUUUCUUCCAACGACGAAGGGUGUUUUCUUCGGUCGCCGCUAGCACGGCUCAAUCGUAACAACACAUCCAACAUUUUCACAUUUACCCCUACAAUAAUCAGUGAGCUUGGCUUGAAGAUUUACGUCGUUUUACAUUUGAAUUGGUAAGGAGGAGUUUGUGAAUGUAUGCCGAGUCAAGUAAUUCCAUCCACUUCCUACCGAUUGUCCCUUUUUAACCGUGAAGGGGUAAAUGAGCAGUAAUGUCUGGCAUUGCUCUAAGCAGACUGUCCCAAGAGCGCAAAGCUUGGAGGAAAGACCACCCAUUUGGUUUUGUGGCAGUGCCUACCAAGAAUCCUGAUGGGACCAUGAAUCUGAUGAACUGGGAGUGUGCCAUUCCGGGAAAGAAAGGAACCUUGUGGGAGGGAGGACUGUAUAAACUCAGAAUGCUCUUCAAAGAUGACUACCCCUCCUCUCCGCCUAAAUGCAAGUUUGAGCCGCCAAUAUUCCAUCCAAAUGUCUACCCAUCUGGCACCGUGUGUCUGUCCAUCCUGGAGGAGGACAAAGAUUGGAGGCCUGCCAUCACCAUCAAACAGAUCCUGUUGGGAAUCCAGGAGCUGCUGAACGAGCCCAACAUUCAAGACCCAGCACAAGCAGAGGCUUACACAAUCUACUGUCAGAACAGGAUGGACUAUGAGAAGCGGGUCAGAGCCCAGGCCAAGAAGUUUGCACCUGCAUAGAUCAGACUACCGGUCUCCUCCCCACCAUGGACAGCCUGACCUAACAGAGCUCGGGACAAAUAGGUGACAAACAGGAGAAUCUGAACGAGCACUCCAACCAGAAUCCACUUUUCUGUAUUAUUUCAUUGGUGACAUGUAAAAGAUAAUCCCAGCACUUGUAUAUUGGUUGUAAGAUCAACAGUUGCUAGGUAACAAGGAAGCAAGGGAAAUUUCUAUGUAACUCUCUCAAGGCACAUUUGGAAACAAGCAAAAGGAGAGAUUAGGCCUCUUGAUAAACGAGCGCAUGUACAUAUUAUAAAUAAAUACAAUUGUGGAAGUUAUGUUUUAUAUUGUUUUAGCCUGUUGACAUUUGUGUGUGGUAUUAUAAUGAAGACACAAUAUUGUGAACGUUGAAUAAAAGAACAAAAG